UAUUUUACUCUGACAACACAAGUAAUUUGACAAAUAAUAAAAUUAUAAUUAAAAUUGAGAUGUUUGAAAAUCAAUCAUAAAUGUCACAGAAGUCUGCACGAUCAUAAUAAAUAACAACAAUUUGUUAUACUGCGUAUGAAUAAAGUAUUCUGUGUGCUGUUAUCUACUAAUACAAUAAAUUCACAACGAAUGAUAUGGAUAUCAUACAAAAAACACUUAAAUUUAAGAGACUACAUUAUUAUUGAUUAUUUUCAUGAAUUUUUAGCCAUACCAUGAACCAUGAGCAAUUUUCAGCAAUUAUUUAAGUGGUAGGAUACCACACUUGAUCUUCUAGGAAUGUAAUCAUUAGUGCUUAUUGUUAUAUAUUUUUAUCUCGUCAUGGGAUCUUUUGAGGAAAGUUUAUAUCGCGCAGUACUAGCCGAAGAUCUGGAGGCAAUUUCGCGAGCGCUCUCCAAAGGUGCUAAUCCUAAUACAAUUACCGUACAAGGUAAAACCAGUUUGGGUGAAGCUGCAAAUAACGGAAAUAUUGACAUUGUAAAGCUUUUAAUAAAAGCUAGUGACUCUAAACAAAAAGUGCCUGUACCAUAUGUAGGUUCCCCUAAGAAGAGACAAAUGAAGUGCCAUAAACGCAAGUUGAGACAUCAUGGGCCUCAGGAUGAGACUGUUGUUAAAUGUAAAAGCAUGAAUGAUAGAAAUUUUAAAGAUUUAAAUUUUGGGCAAGAGACUAAAGUCAAAGGUAGUCAAAAAACUGAGACCAAUCAGGGGUACUUUGUGUUUACACACAGUGAUGGAUCCAGUAGUGAUGAGAGUAAAAUCGGGAGUUUGAAAUCUCCCAUGACACCUUCACCUUUAACCCCAUCUCCACAAGAUUUAGAAUGGGAUGAAGACAUAGGAAAUGUUGCACCAACUACAAGUGAAGAUGAAUCCUGGACUUCUAUGUAUAAAUGGUAUGCUGCUAUACUGGAGUCUACAGGGGCAGCCAUUGCUUCAGCUUCAGCUAUGUUUACCGCUGGAAUUGAUCAGCAUGAUGCAUUUAUGCACACCCCACUACAUUAUGCUGCAGAACAGGGUCAUGUAGGUGUUGUUAAAUUGUUGAUAGAAGCAGGGUGUAAAAUUGAUGCUGAGACUGGAGAUGGUGUGACAGCUUUACAUGUUGCAGUUAUUAAAAAUUAUAUAGAUAUUGUGAAAAUACUUAUAAAUUCUGGAAGCAAUGUCAAUCACAAAACCUAUGACAGUAUGACACCUUUGCAUUUUGCAGCAUCAAGAGGUUUCUUAGAGUUGGUAAAACUUCUAGUCAGUAAUGGUGCAAGUUUAGAAGCAAGAGAUGCUAAUGAAAGAACAGCAUUAUACAUAGCAGCUGGUCGGGGGCACACGGAUGUGAUGAAAUAUCUGAUUGAUGCAGGUGCUAAUGUGAAUAGUGAAGAGAUCCAUGGUGCAAACGCUAAUUUGUUAAACAGUAUAACAGGUGCUAAUGCGUUGCACAUAGCUGUUGAAAGUGUAGAUUCCCAUGAAGAUUUUGAAGAAUUGCUGAAAUGUUUAAUAGAUUACAAGAUUGAUUUGAAUGCCUCCGCUCUAACAGAGAUCCUGCUGCAGUUCUCCUUAUUCGGUAUGGCGCAGAUGUAAAUGCUUGUGAUUUACAUGCUUGUGGUCUAGACAAUUUAUCUAUAGCUAGUAGAAGAAGGUCGAGUAGCUUAGCAUUAAUGUUAUUGAAGGCAGGUCAUUACAUCGUAAUCCCAGAUAAAGAUACAUCACUGCCAGCAUCAGACUAUACAAAGUGCUGGUUAUAUAACAUUUGUAGGGAACCACUUACUCUUUCUGAUCUCUGUAGAAUUAGAAUUAGAUAUUUAGGCCAAUGUGCAUCAACAACAUUGUACCAUUUCAUAUAUUCCCUGCCUCUUCCAAAGAGUUUAAAAAGAUAUCUUAUGAUGGAAGACGAAGGUACAGAAUACUUUAAUUUUACUGCAUAAACAGUGUAAAUAUGUGUUGGUACUAUAACUGCAUUCAUAGCAUAUUAUCUGCAGUCAAACAAACUAAUUAUGGCAUAAUUGAAUAUUGUAGUAAACAGUAGCUUUUCUAUAUCUUAUAAAGUGAGUGAAAUCCUGGAGUUAGAUAAAAUCAACAUUAUCUAUAUGCAUUUUUAUUUAGUAAAAUUACACAGUAGUACAAAGGUGUACUUAGGGUAAAAUACAAAAUAUUUGUUGAUUAGAAUAACUAUACUUAGUGUGACACAAUAUGUUUGUCCAUAAAAUCUUCAAAAUGAGUUGCAAUUGUUAGAACACCUAGCAGUAAGAAGUAAUGCUUGUUUUUUAAAAACACAUGUAACAAUGUAGGGAAUCAGCUGCAGAAUCAUGUACUUACAAACCAAUCAGUAAAUAUACGAUUAUAGGUUGUUUUUUAUUCUUAUUUGUUGAGUAUUAUGUCAUGGAAUUCUGCAGGCAAUACUAUGUAUACUGAUCAGCAGCUAUUUCCUUCGACAACUAUGACAAUGUUCAAAUAAUAUGAAUUGUUUGAAGUAGGAAUCUAGUCCUAAACUAAGACAUGUAUUAAUACAAUUAGUAAUUAUAUAAAUGAUAUGAAUUCUGAUACUUAUAAUACAUAUAAUAAGGCAACAUUAAGUUGCUUUUAAGCCUACUUAUACACAGGGUGAGUAAAUUAUAACAUACCUAUUCUGUUGUUAAUAUAAAGUACAUACAUACGAAAUUCAUGAGUUUUACUACCCACAUUAAAUCAAAUUCUGAAAUCCAUAUAUAAAAGUUGGUACAAAAGUGAGCCAUCUAGAUUAGAAACUAACAAAAUAUUAUUUUUUCAAUAAUUUAAUCUAUACCAUUUCCAACAGUAGUAAUAGUAAUCAUUAUACUGUUUGUCAUAAACAUCAUAAUGACAAAACUGUGAUUAGUGACUAAAUAAUUAAUAACUGUAGAGUGUUAAAAUAGUUAACUACUACAUUAGACAAAUACUUUUUUUGUGAGUACUUCUAAUGGCAACUUUUAACUUAUUUAAAUCACAAUUACAUAUCAAGUUGGCUAAUUUUAUCAAUAUGACAAAACAAAAAAUAAAAAAUUGGGAAUGUAACAUAAUAUAAACAUUUUGAAAUAUUAAUAACAGCAAAAGAUAUAGCACAUUUUAAAACCUAAUAUACAUACAAUAACAUCCUAUUUGCAAUGCAAAUAAAUCUAAGGAUAAAUAAAUUUUAAUAUUAUAUUAAAAUUUAGACAGAAUCAACACUCAACUAGAAAUAUGAUCUAGAAUAUAGGUGUGUAAUGAUUAAUACAUUUAAGCCAUUCCUUGUGUAUCACUCCUUCGAACCAGACAUAUAAUCAGAAGGGUGAUUACCUUUAACAUCCUGCAUGGUGUUGAGCUUAGGAUAUGUUUCCAUCAAAAAAUUCACUAGAUCAAAGUGCUUGUUCUCUACUGCUUUAUGAAGUAUGGUUUGCCCAUCAGCAUCUUGUUCAUCAACACAAGCCCCGGAUUGAAUAAGAAAUUUUAUUGUUUCAAUUUUACCUGAAACAAUUUAAAAAUAUCAGUUUCGCAGCGGUAUUCGCUUCGUACGGACGCGUGCAGUAAACUUUAUCUAUAUCUCAUUAGUUAUCGAGUUAUUUACUCUCGAGCGACGGGCUUGACCUUGAAUCGGUCUAGCGCAUUGUUAGUUAAUAUAAUGAGUAUCGGAUCGUUUGUUUACAAUGGUGGAUAGUAAAGAACUUUUUAACGAUAAUUUUGAAUCAAGGAGUGCUUCGAUUAGCAGUAACAAAUCUGUGGCGGAACAGGAUAUUGAGGAGCAAUUUAAUAUGGACGUGAUAACAAAUGAAGAAAUGAUAAGACCGAAAAAGCGAGACCGAGAAGAGGAAGAAGAGGGUUGGGUUCAAAGCAAAGGGAAAAAAACCAAAGAAAACUGUAUUGAAAUUUAUAUUUCAUCAAAAGAGAAGUUACCAAGGCAAUUCGCACUUGCAAGACUAUUUAAAGAAAAAGAUAUCACAGAUAUAAUAAAAGUAAAAUACUUAAAUAACUACAGAGUGCGCAUCGAUUGUAAAAACGAGUUGAGUGCCACUAAACUACAAACUUGUAAAGAUUUCAUGGAUAUGGACUGGAGAUUUAGCAGGCCAGAUUUUAAAAGUUAUUCGUACGGUGUGAUUAAAGACGUAGAUCUUGACCUAUCUGAUGAACAGCUAAUGAGCUGCAUAACUUGUCCUGAAAACUUUGAGUUGGUUUCAUUAAAGCGGCUACAGAGGCGCAGUAAUAAUGACUCGCCGGAAGGUUUGUGGGUAACGAGUGAAGCGGUUCGGUUGUGCUUCAAAGGUGAUAUGUUACCAGGUUACAUUUAUGCAGACAGUUUAAGGAUUAAGGUGGAACCAUUUGUUUUUCCUGUCUCACAAUGUUCUCGUUGUUGGAAGUUCGGCCACACAGUGAGAGUGUGUCCAUCUAAAAAGACAUUAUGCCCCAAAUGUGGUAGUAAUCAUGCAAAUUGCGACACACAACAUUUUAAAUGUUUAAAUUGUGAAGGGCCACACAUGGCACUCUCUAAAACUUGCCCCGCAUUUGUGAAGGAAAAGAACCUUAAAAGUCUAAUGGCAGAGUUCAAUUGCACAUACAGGAAAGCCUUACAGUUGUAUGUUGCACCUUCCCCACGCAGACAUGAGAAGGAAUUCAAUAAAUCCUCUCCCACAGAUGGCGUAUUCCCUAAACUUAAAACUAAGCUCACGCCCACAUGUGUAACUUCUGAUGACCAAGCUAGCUUCGUAAAAUCACCAAGCUCACCUCUGUAUGCUGAGGUGGUAAAAACGGAAGCUACCAUUCAUAAGGCACGCACUCACAUAGACCAACAACGUACUAAAAAACACGAGAAGACAAGGGUUGAUAAAGGUGAUGAUUGGGCAAACUGGCUACCAACAGAAACGGGAGAAACGAAAGAACUGGAGCACGACCCCGAAGACUCUAAAAAGAAAGAAGUCAAUUUUGAUGAGCUGUUAACUAGACUGAAAAAUAUACUGUUUUUGAAGAGAUGCGCGAUAGGGGAAAAAAUUCGGAUGGCAAUUCAAUGUUGUUUAGAAUGGCUGAUCUUAGUUGUAGUUGAUAACGUGUCGGAUUGGAAUAUUGUGAAGAAAUUAUUUGAACUUUUCAAUGGACAAACAUAAACCUAACGUUAAGCUAAAUAUGAUACAGUGGAAUGCUCAAAGCGUAAAAGCUAAAUUAAUUUUGUUGGAACAAUUGCUGAACCAAGAACACAUACACAUUGCUGCGAUUAGUGAGACGUGGCUGGAGAAUGAAAUUGAUAUGAGGCUGAGCAAUUACACAAUCUUCCGGAAGGACAGGUUUGAUGGCUACGGGGGGGUUGCAAUUCUUACUCAUAAAUCUAUAAGAUCUCAGCUGUAUGAAGUCCAACUCAGUAAUCAAGGUAUAGAAUUUAUUUGUUUAAAAGUAUUUAACUGUGGACCGAUACAAAAUAUUGUGUCUAUUUACUGUCCCCCUUCCAUAAGAACUUCCCAAAAUGAUUGGGAUGCCCUUUUUUCUUUUGCUCCAAGAAACACGGUAAUUCUAGGUGAUUUUAAUGCGCAUCAUUCUAAUUGGUCAAAUAGAGUAGAUAGUAGGGGUAUACAAAUUUUUGAAGCAUUAACAGACAAUCAGUUUAUUACUUUAAACACCGGCGAUCCUACUCGGUUAAAAAUGGUUAAUUUGGAAUGGCAAAAGUCCUCACCUGACAUCUCUGUGGUAUCAUCUGACAUCGCACUGCAGUUCGACUGGUCAGUUAUGAAUGAGACACUAGGCAGUGACCACAGGGUUAUUAAAAUCUCUUCAAACAUCCAAGCUGUAUCCCCAACAAAGGUUCGCAAAAAUUUCAAAAAUGCUGAUUGGACUGCAUACACUGAGCUACUCAACAUCCUCUUUUCAAAUUAUACAUUCUCCGGAGACUUACAGACUGACUAUGACACCUUCAUUGAUUACAUAAAAUUGGCUUCUGAUGUUCAUAUCCCUCUAAUUAAGAUAAACCCCAACCCCGAUAGUAGUUUUUUACCUAAACCUUAUUGGAAGCCUGAGUUAUCGAAAUGUGUGGCUGAACGCCGGCUAGCGUUGUCUAAAUUUAGGCGUAAUCCAACCCCCCAAAAUUAUGAAUUCAUACACAGUAAAAUUCGCGAAUCUCAAAAAUUGAUACGAAUAGCUAAAAGUAAAGGGUGGGCCGACUUCUGUUCUUCAUUAGACGGUUUGACAUCUCAAUCAACCGUAUGGCAAACAAUGAGAUGGUUUAAGGGGUAUAAAUUUUCAAACCACCACGUAGAUGAACAAAAAGCUACUGAGUUACUUUUUAGUUUAACGCCAGACUUUGUAUCCCCGAAUGACAUGACUUUCGACAUAAAUAAUCCGGAACUUGAAGUACCGGUAACCAAAUCAGAAUUUCAAAAAUGUAUCCGGUCGAAAGAUACAGCGCCCGGAGCCGACAAUGUUUCAUACUCCAUGAUUAAGAGGUUACCUCAAAAUUGUCAAAAGGUUUUAAUCCAGUUAUAUAAUAAGAUACUAACAUCUGGUUUUGUACCUAAGCAAUGGCGCGAUAUUGUAAUUGUGCCAAUCCCUAAGCUGGGACGAGACGCCCAAAGUUUAUCAUCUCUCCGUCCUAUCUCAAUGAUCUCAUGCGUUUGUAAGGUUUUUCAUAACAUUUUAAUGAAUAGAUUAGAAUGGUUUAUAGAAAAACAUAAGCUCCUGUCAAAUAGCACUACAGGGUUCAGAAAAUGUCGCUCAACUGUGGAUAAUUUGACCGUCCUAGUAUCCCGAAUUCAAAUUGGUUUCUCGAAAAAAUGUAUUACAACGGCUGUUUUCAUAGAUAUAAGUAACGCAUAUAAUUACGUAGAUAUCAAAAGCCUACUAAAAAUCAUGCAGAAAAUUGGUAUGGGAUCAAGGAUCUGUAGUUACAUUUGGAAUUUCCUCAAGCUUCGAAACCUCAAAAUUUCAAUAGGUAACCAACUUAUAAGUCGUACAUCUAGUCGGGGAUUGGCGCAAGGUGAUCCGCUGUCACCAUUACUCUUCAACAUUGCAACUAUGGAUAUUUGUAAUAGUGGUAGUAGGGAUGUAUAUUUGUCGCAAUAUGCGGACGACUUUGUGUUGUAUACCACUUGCAGUGAUGUCUUCUCAGCCCAGCAAAGAUUACAACCCGCUUUAAACAAAAUAUAUAAACUGUUAUUCAAUUAGGUCUUGAGAUAUCUCCUAACAAAACUAGCGUAUGUAUUUUUAAGAAUGGUGUUGCAAAAGAGACUGUCAAUUUAAAAAUUAAUGAGGUAUUGCUGCCAGUGGUACACAAUGUAAAAUAUUUGGGAGUCUGGCUAGAUAGAUCACUUAGGUGGUCUAAACAUAUCAAUGAGACCCGGGCAAAGGUGUUAAAAUUAUUAAAUAUCUUUAAAGUUCUGUCGGGUUCUGGUUGGGGAAUACAUCCUAAGCAUCUGAGGCGGUUAUAUAUAACAACAAUUCGAAGCAGAAUCGAUUACGCUUCUUUCCUCUAUGAUAGCAGUUGUGAAACACACCUUAGUAAACUAGAUAGGGUCCAAAACAGUUCCAUGAGGGUUAUCGGUGGCUUUAUUAGAACUACAGCCAUUCAUGUUAUGGAAAAUGAAUUGAACCUGACGCCUUUGAAACUUCGAAGAUAUUAUCUGGCGGGUAAAUAUUGGCUUAAAAUAAAAUCAUACGCGGAUAAUAACAUCAUUGCCGUUAUAAAGGAUUUACAAGUAUCUUGUCAACAUUCACACUGGAAAAGAAAAAUGCCUUUGUUAAUUAAAAUACACGAAUCUUUGGAUCCACUUUCUGUUUACACAAGCCCGAUGAUUGAAAUUUUUUCAAUGAGUACCUGGGUGAAUAAAGUAGAUCUGUCUCAAAUUGUGUUUCCCCAAAUAGAUGGUCUGGUUUCGGCUAAAAAGCACUAUCAAAAUACUGAACUUGUUGAUUUAUGUACUAUGAUUUUAAUGAACACCUACUCGGGUUUCUAUAAAAUAUAUACAGAUGGAUCCAAAGAUAAUAUAGGUGCUGGAGCGGCGUUUUUUGACCCACAAACUAAAACGGGAGUGCAAUUAAAGGUCAACGCAAGAUGUAACAUUAUGUAUAUAGAACUAGUUGCAAUAGAAGAAGCAUUAUCGUACGUUGACUCAUUUGAAAGCGGCAAUUAUGUUAUACUUUGUGAUUCAAAGAGCGCCCUGCAGCAUUUAAUUCGGUGUACCACAAAUAUUCGAGGCACUCCGAUUGCAUAUAAUGUGAUUAAAUUAUUAAAUAAGCUUAUUUCUAAGAAAAUUAAAAUUAUUCUUCAAUGGAUUCCGGCUCAUGUUGGCUUGGAGGACAAUGAAAUAGUAGACCGAUUGGCAAAGGAUGCAUGUAACGUUGGAUUUGUUUGCCCAUAUCUCCCUGUGCCCAAUGAUCUUCUGUACGCAGUAAGAGAAGAAAGUUGUAAAAUGUGGCAAGAGCACUUCGACCAGAGAUCGCUGAGCAAGGGAAUCUGGUAUCGGACGAUUCAACCCACACUGUCUCGAGGCACAUGGUUCGACCGAGCCAACAUCAGCCGGUCAGAAAUUGUAAUGGCUUUUCGGCUUCGAUCGGGACACAUUCCAUUGAACAGUUUUGCGUUUCUUAUGGGUAAAGUUACUUCACCAAAUUGUCCGGAUUGUAAUACAGUGGAAGACACAUAUCAUAUUCUGAUGGAGUGUGUCCGGAAUGAGGCCGAACGUCGGUCAAUAAUACCUACCUCAAUGGAUGUUGGCAAAAGCAACAGUAUUCUUGCGUCACCUCUAUCAAAGGAUGCAAGAAACUUAUAUAAAUUAGUUAAGAUAGGUUUUAGAUCGUAAGAAUGAUUUGUUUAUACCGAUGAGGGUGGCAUAAUCAGUUUGUGAUUAAACCCUCUAUAAUAAAAAUAAAGAAAUAAAAAAAAAAAUUUAAAAAUAUAUCAAUUUUACUUCAGAUCACUUUACAAUAAUUUGUACAAUGUGUUUUAGUAUAAUGGAUUUGAUCAAAUGAAAUUGCUAAUCAUUAUUUCUUCAGCUCUUAUCUCAAAUUUUCAUUGUUUACUGAGUAGCAGUCCUCCAUUAGUUGAUAAGCUAUAAUAGUUCACCUAUUUGAUUUAAUUGCUACACAUGUCGGAGAUUUUAAAAGUUUAUAUGUAUGUAAUAGAAAUACCUGCAUAGUAAUGAGUAAUUACCUGCAGCAGCAGCUUUGAGAAGGGGUGUUGCUUGUCCGCUCUUGGUUUUUGCAUCAAUCAGUGCUCCAUUUUGCAGUAAUAUCUUACAAAUGUGCACAUGUCCUUUACGUGCAGCAUAGUGCAAUGGUGUAUAUCCAGAGUUAUCUAGUGUAUUUACUAUUACUUUGGCAUUGUCUGCCUUAGCAAUUAGAGAUCUUACUCUCUCUUCAUCCCCAUAAAAGGCUGAAAUAACAAAAUUUAUUAUGAAAUAUAUGGUAGUAAGUAGGCAAUCUUAUCAGAAAAUGUAAAAAAUGAG